CAAAAAUCCCUUGACCAGUCCGUAGUCUCCUCUCGAAUCCGAGGGCUCGAGCAGGGUUUCCGUCGCUGCGACGGACGGCGAGCAUGGCGGCGGGCGAUGCCCACGCGGCGGGGCUGGAUGAGGCCCUCAAGCCCUUCCAGGAGAGAGCUUCCGAGGCCGAGAUACGCUUAGCAAAGCUGGAAACCUUGCUGUACAACAAAGAUGGUCUGAACAGUGGAUCUGAGACAAGUUCCUCUGCCAUGAAAGAUCUUCAGUCAAAGCUGGACGCAGUUAGUGCAGAAUGCCUGGCUGAAAAGGACAAGAACAAGAAGCUAGUCAUGGAGAACGAGAAGCUCCAGUAUCGCAUCACCCAUCUUAUUCGGGCAAUUAAAGAGGCAGAAUCAAGAUAGAAUACGCCUGAUCAGGUCGAUGUAAAGCCUGAUAUAGAAGUAUCCUAUCUUGUUGAGCCUUCUCAUUAUUGUUGAAUUUAGCUUAAACUGUUGUUGUGAUCUUGAUGGGUCUUGUUGGUUAAAACUGCAUCGAACUAUCGAUCAGAACUACAUGUACACAGUUGUAUGUUUUCACCUGACACCAUUUUGGAAGAUGAUUGUUCAGUGUUGAACAUUGGAAUGCAUACUGUUAUUUGAAUUGACAGUUCUUAUGUAA